AUGGAUUCUCAACCAGAAGAUUCCGAGAAGCUCAAACUCGAGGUAUCGCAACAACACAACAACGAAGAAGACGAAGAACAAACCACAACGGUAAUCACAGAUGACCAUGGAGAUCUUGCCUAUCCCGCCCCAAUCCCACGCCCGAUCCUGGCGCCCGAGAGCCCAUUAUCGCCGAGAAGCCCCAAGGACGUUGUCACCCCUGGCACUGUUCCCAACGAAGACACUAGACAGACACGAGUUCAGUCACAACCUGCGUCUGUCCCCGAAGUAUCUGGCCAGGUAUCGCCAAAAAAGUCAACAGUUCGCGAGAACAGACCCAAGCCGACCAAGACAUGGCAAACCGAGCAGCCUCGCCGCGAUCAUCAUCGUCACUCAUACUUUCGACCCGGUCCAGCCAGGGCUGGCACGUCCUAUCUGAACAAAGCGAUUUGGGGAGGGCCAGACAAUACGGGACUUGAUCCUAGAAGAAGUUCAUCAUCGUCAUCGUCCGACGAAGAACAACCCCCAGCCAGCCCGCGAGAACCGCCAAGCGGCGGACACCGGAAGAAAGAUAAGGCAUCACACAAGGACCUUAGCGAGGAUAAAUAUGGCCACUUUAGUGUUGGCAACCAGAAUUACCAAACUUCAGGCAAAGUCAAGAAGGAUGGUCGUCUGCGCAUCACGGUCAACGAAACUGCUGGCACUGGAUACCUAAGUAAAGCUUUAGGGGCAGCUGUCAACAAGGUGGCACCCCCAAGGGUUGAGCAAGCAGAAAAACCGUCGAACCUCAAUAUUCCAGAAAGCCCACGCCGGUCUUCCUCCUCAACAGCCGUGGCAGACCCACGGCCCCAGACGCGCCUGAACAUUGUUAUCAUGGUUAUUGGUUCGCGAGGAGACGCCCAACCAUUUUUAAAGAUCGGCAAAGUUCUCAAGGAGGAUUAUGGACAUCGCGUGCGCAUCGCUACACAUCCAGCAUUCCGUGACUUUGUGGAGAAGGAUUCGGGGCUCGAGUUCUUUUCUGUUGGCGGCGAUCCGUCAGAACUUAUGGCCUUUAUGGUCAAGAACCCUGGUCUGAUUCCGACCCUUGAGACUUUCAAAGCUGGAGAUAUCGGCCGACGACGAGCUGCCAUGGCCACUAUGUUCGAUGGGUUCUGGCGUGCAUGUGUAAAUGCCACAGACGAUGAGUCGGACCGGCAAAACCUAAAGAUGAUGGGCGAAAAGGAUCCUUUUGUGGCGGAUGUCAUCAUUGCCAACCCACCAAGUUUCGCACAUGUUCACUGCGCCGAAGCUUUAGGAAUACCUGUUCACUUGAUGUUUACAUUUCCUUAUACGCCAACACAGGCAUUCCCACAUCCUUUGGCGAGCAUCAAGAAUUCUAAUGUGGACCCAGGUUAUACCAACUUCAUCUCCUAUCCUUUGGUUGAGAUGAUGGUAUGGCAAGGGCUAGGAGAUCUGGUUAAUGAGUUUCGUGUCAAGACAUUGGCUCUGGACCCAGUAUCAACUCUUUGGGCGCCAGGGGCGACCUAUCGUCUCCAUGUGCCUUUCACGUAUCUGUGGUCGCCGGGACUUGUACCCAAGCCACAGGACUGGGGCAGUGAAAUUGACGUAGCUGGGUUCGUAUUCCUUGAUUUGGCCUCAACCUUUGAACCACCAAAGGAGCUAGAGGAUUUCCUGGCAGCCGGAGACGAUCCCAUUUACAUCGGAUUCGGCUCUAUCGUUGUUGACGAUGCUGAUAAGUUCACUCAAAUGAUUUUCGAAGCCGUUGAACUGGCAGGCGUUCGUGCCUUGGUGUCUAAGGGCUGGGGUGGACUUGGAGGAGAGGACGUUCCCGAUAACAUCUUUAUGCUCGAUAACACCCCCCAUGACUGGCUAUUCCCAAGAGUAAAAGCCUGCGUGAUCCAUGGAGGCGCAGGUACCACAGCCAUUGCGCUCAAGUGUGGCAAGCCAACCAUGAUCGUCCCCUUCUUCGGCGACCAGAACUUCUGGGGCAAGAUGGUGAGCAGCGCAGACGUGGGCCCUGAACCGGUUCCCUACAAAUAUCUGAACGCCGAGAAACUUGCAGAGGGCAUUGAGUAUUGUCUUACGGACAAAGCAAAGCAAGCUGCCGAAUCAAUCGCCAAGCGAAUCGCGGAAGAAGGAGAUGGUGCUGCCAAUGCUGUCAAGGAGUUUCACCGUCAGUUGAACCUCAGUUCUCCUAGCAUUCUACGAUGCUCCCUUCUCAAAGACCGUACAGCUGUCUGGGAGGUUAAAGGAUCCAACAUCAAAUUGGGUGCCUUGGCCGCCGAUAUUCUGGUUGGAAAUGGAUCACUGACCUGGAAGCGUCUGAGACUACUCAGACAUAAGGAAUGGAACGAUUUCGAAGGCCCCGGAGAGCCUGUCACAGGGAUCGCUGGUUCCAUUGCUAGCACAGUUGGUGAAGCAUUCCACGGCGUCGCCAGCGUUCCCUACCAUUGGGCAAAGAGGACUAAGUCGAUCAGAAAGAGGCAGAGUGUAAAAAGGUCGAAGAAGACCAAAAAAACAGGCAAUAAAACGCCGCAGAACAGCACUGCAGACGCCGAAAACCCUGCAGACGCUGCUUCAGUACACAGCGAGACCACUGCCGAAGAAACAAGCGGGCAGUAUGUUGGCGACAUGGCAAGCGGUGUUGAAAGAACUGCUACCGCUAUCGCCAAGGCGCCAGUGGACCUCUCGAUGGCUCUAGCACAAGGAUUUCACAACGCCCCUCGACUCUAUGGCGAUAACACGGUACGACGACCCAUUCGAGUAACAGGCUUCCACUCUGGCCUCCGGGCUGCUGGGCAUGAGUUUGCCUAUGGCGUCUACGACGGUUUCACAGGAGUCGUUCGUCUUCCGAUUCGCGGAGCGAAGGAGAACGGACCAAUUGGUUUUGUCAAGGGCACAGGUAUGGGCUUGACAGGACUGGUGCUCAAGAAUCUCUCGGCUGUUGUUGGGCCGAUUGGUUACACGCUCAAGGGCGUUGUCAAGCAAGCUGAACGAUCCAAGACACCGCAGAAGUAUAUCCGUCGGGCUCGUAUCGCCCAAGGUCAGAGAGAAUACAAGACACUCCCAGAAGAUCGUCGAAAGCAAAUCGAAAAGGAGAUAAUGGAGGGAUGGCACGUCAUGAAAGAGCUGAGAGAGAAACUCCAUGAAUUGGAGAAGCAGCGAGGUAUUGCCGGACAAAUCGAUCGAGUACUUCUUAAUACCGAGACCAUGUUCGAAGACGUGGACGUUGCUAAAAGAUCCUUGACGGCGCUCAAACAAGGAAAGGAUCUUGAAGACGUAAUAGACCCAGAUGGAGACCGUGGUCGCAGUGAAGGGAAAUCUGGCCAAAAUCGAAGCAUGUCUAUUCGGAGGUCGUUGAACUUGACGAAGAGACAUGACGAGAGGAAACGCCUCGCAUCGCUGGCUGAUGCUGACGGCAACAUAAACGAAGGCAGGGUUGAAGAUGAAGGAGAAGUGCCUUCUGGAACAGAUAGACUGACCGUGCCAGCAAGGUAG